AUUUGUUAGACCCAAACCGAGUCUUAUUAUGCUAACUAACUUUUAUCCGCGGACUUGUAACUUGAUUGGAAAUGAAACUGUCUUCAACUACAAAUAUGGCAGUUUCCCUAUAUGAAAAGAGUGAGCUGAGCAAGUACAUAACAAACACCAUGGAAGAUGAGCAGCACCUGCAUUCUCUCUCUUUCAUGCCUCUCCUUUCAAGGGUCGAUUGCUUGGAUUCCGUGAUUAAAGAUGUGGAGAAGAAGAAGAAGCAAGAGCAGUGUUCUGUGUGGAGCAGCGGCGCUCGAAAACUAAUUGGUAGAUGUAGUAGACAAGGUGGUCUGCCAUUGACUACGGCAACCAGAGAGGCUGUGGCUGCCUCCAAAGCCUCUCUGAUGGACCGCGUUCGCUCUCUAGAAGAUCGACUUCUCCAGCUUUCGCAAGAGAUUGAUCAUGCUAGCAGCAAAGCAUCAAGUAGUUCCAGCAUUCUCAGUACAUCUCUAUGGACCACAUCAUCUAGCUCCUGUGCUCAACUGAAAAGUGACUUACCAUACCCUACUUUUCAUACAACUCGAGAAUCCAGACUCCCUUGUCAUGAAUAUUUCCAGAAACCCCUUGCACCACGGCAUAGGAUGAAGACUCCUGGCAACAGUAUGCAGCAGAAAGCGGGGAAAGUGACAAUCAUCGAGAAGGAUUGCUUUAAUCGAAAGAGGAAGAAUAAGAAGAAAACAUCCCCAUGUUGGCCACGCAUGAAAUUACUUGGCUGCUAAUUACCCAUUUAUCUCUUCUCCUUGUUUGUCACUCAUUUCCAGUAGUUUUGUCCUGCAAAUAAUACUUACAAACUCUCUGUCCCUUUGACUAUUAUAUUUGUCCACAUAAUCAAUAUCUGCCAUUAUUUAUUAGAAACCUUGUUUGGGGUCUG